AUGCAAAGCGGUAUACCAAUCCUCCCGCCAGAAAUUCUCCUCCUUAUAGCCCGACUAUUAGGCCCGUGGGACUUGAUCCACCUUGCACGCGCCAUCCCGGGCAUGGAGCGCCUAUACAAACCGAAAUAUUGGGUUCCGAUCAAGGAUGAAGCAGGCGAUACGAUGUUCCAUAAAGCUGCUACUGAUGGAUGUAUCGAUAUCAUUGAGUCCCUACUCUCCAAGGAUUUCGAUCUCACCAUACAGAAUUAUCGAGGAUAUACCGCUCUGCACUGUGCGUGCCAAGGUGGCCAAUAUAACAUCGCACGGCUAUUGCUAGAUUCUGGUCUUGGUCCAGAUAUUUCCGCCCAGGGCGGGGUUAGGGCAAUUAAUCUGGCUGUUCAUGAGCAGGCUAUGCAGCUAGUUCGCCUUUUGCUCGAACAUCAGGCCGAUAUAUCCGUGUGCACUGCAGGUGAUUAUUCUAUCCUUCACUGGUCGGCUUCGAUUCAAGGCUCGUCUAUCACCAAGACACUUCUCAAUGAAGGGGCAGAUUUAACGAAAGAAGAUGUUUUUGGUUGUACGCCUUUACACUGGGCGGCAGCAGAAGGGAACAUGGAUAUCGUAAUGUUAUUCUUGAAAGCUGGUUCUAAUCCCUCCUCGAUUGAUCACGAUGGGAAUACUGCUGCCGAUAUAGCAGAACAACAGGGCUUUCUAUCAAUAUCCAGGAUGAUAGGAAAUUUCCAACCACCCCCGAACUCUCUACAUUCAAUUCUUGGUGAAUAUAUCUUGAGUUUUGCGAGAAGAGCCCUCGGGUGGGUAUAG